GAUGCUCAGGUGUUUUGUUUUUUUGAAAUUUGAAAAUUUUUUUAAUUGAAAAUUUUGAUUUUUUUAUCAAAUCAUCGUCAUUACGAAAAGAUAAAAUGUCCAUCUGCCCUCGUGAACGUCUGUUGACAAUUGUCAACGAUAUUGAAUUGAUUUCCAAAGAAAUGUUCGAGCAUUUUCUUCUACCAAAAUCAGCUCGAUCAAAUCUAAUUGAUCGUGUACAAUUAUCUGAAUUAUUAGUACGAAAAGAUCAAGAAUUACGUCAGGCAAUGAAAGCAGCUGAAGAACAAGAAUUAAUACAAUCAAAAAUUGAUCAAUUACGACGUGAAGUACAGGAUCAUGAUGAUGAACUGCAAAAACUACAACAAAGUUUUAAAGAAGCUGAAUCCAUUCUAUCGACAGCCAUUUAUCAAGCGAAACAAAAAUUAUCAUUAAUAAAAAAAGCUGAUUCACAUCCAAUAUCGAUUGAUGAAUUAAUAAAAUAUGCACAUAAAAUUAGUGCUGAUCAUUCAGUUGCAUCACCAUAUAAUUGGGAAAUUGGUGAUCCACGUCGGCCAUAUCCAACUGAUUUAGAAAUGAAAUCUGGCCUUUUAGUUAAUUCAAAUGAUGCUAAUCUAUCAAGUCUGUUACAACAACAACAGCAGCAACAACAACAAUAUCAUCAUCAUCAUCAAAAUCAAUUACAACAAGAAUCAUCGAUACCUUUACGUCCAUCAUCGGCAUCAAGUUCACCAUAUUCAUGGGCUAAUCAACAACAACAGCAACAACAAUUCACACCGGAUACAAAACCAAAUAUUAAUUCCGGUGGAUAUGGUGAUUAUAAUGAUGUUAAACAACAACAACAACGAGAUAAUGAUGAAGUUGAAGUAAUGUCCACUGAUUCAUCAUCAACAUCAUCAAGUGAUAGUCAAUAGAUAUUAUCAUCUUCAAUAUUGGAUCGAUAAGAUGUCAAAGAUUCAUUCAUUUACAUAAUUUUAAA